CAAUGAGUAGCCAUUGAAAAAGUGAAAAAUAAGUUGCACGAUAAAUCUCAUGUUAUUUUUUCCGGAUUGUUCCUUUAAACAUAUAAUGGAGUGUUACUUAUACAUCUAAAUGAAAUGGAUACACAAGUAGAUUUAGGAAUGAUCCAUGCUGGCGAGAAAAGGCCGAUGGAUUAUGGAAAUCUCUCACCGACAGAAUCGGGGGAAGGAUAUGGUGUCAGUAAUUCACGCAAGGUUGAGAAAAAGAGGUCCAGAAAUGAGAGUGAGAAGCUUCGUAGAGACAAGCUGAACAUGUACAUAGGAGAGCUGGCCAAGAUGGUGCCCCUCGUCAUGACGGCACAGAAAAAGAUGGAUAAAUCUAGUAUACUACGGCUAACUGUCAACUAUCUCAAGGUUCAUAGAGAGCUGAAGGGGAACAAGAAAGACAUUGACUGGAAGCCACCUAUCAUCUCCAAUGACAACUUGUCAGAACUUCUGCUGCAGUCUCUGAAUGGGUUCCUACUGGUGACUUCUAGGAAAGGAAUGGUGAUAUACGCUUCAGAGGAGCUGACAACUAGCCUGGGCCACAAUCUGGCGGAUACGGUGGGAAAUUCUGUGAAGAAGUUUGUCCAUCAAGACGACCAGAAGUAUUUUCUUAAGCAGCUAGAACUCCCCCGGGACAAAUAUGCUAUAAACCAUGAAUCCAACAGGCACAGAUCAUUCUAUUGUCGUAUGUUGAAUGUGGUGAACAGACAGCAGUUAGGUCAUUAUGAACCGAUGCACGUCGUAGGACACAUCCGCAUGAUGACAUCAUUUGAUACAGAUGAAGCUGCAGACAUGAUGGACAGUUGUCUGAUUGCAGUUGUCAGGAAGGUUCACAAGGAAAGCAUCCGUGAAAUCUCAAUAUUAGAAAUGUCAAAGAAUGAAUGGAUCACUCAGCAUAACUUGGAAGGCAAAAUAUUCUUUAGUGAUCACAGGACAUCACCACUGACAGGCUAUCUGCCCUAUGAGUCCAAUGGAAUGCUGGCCUACCAGUUCCUGAAACCGGAGGAUGUGAAAUGGGUGAUCAAACGGCAUCACCACUUAAUUACGACUGGUGAGACACCAUUUUGUUAUUUUCGUAUGUACCGUAAAGAUCGAAGCUUCAUCUGGAUGCAAAGUAAUUCGCAUAUCGUGACUGAUGUUUGGACAGGGAAACCAAAGUUUAUUCUAAGCAUAAAUGUAGUUCUCAGUGAUGAGGAUGGAGUGAGAAACUAUGAAGAACAGAAGCGGGAAAUACUCGCCCUGGAGGAGGCCGCUGCUAACCUUGCUUUGGAGAACAAACAAGAGGCUGGCCCAAUAGCAGAUGAUGGUCUUAACAUAAAGGAUCAACUGGACAUGAACCCUGGGAGUGUUGCCAGUAGCGUUGAAAGUUCAUUGAAGUAUGAGCGAGAUCCUUUCGCUAUGGAUGAAGAUAAUGAGCCAGCAUUCACUGCUGACACCCGGUAUAUGUCCCCAGAUGACUUCCUUAAAAGUUUGUCAAAUAUGGGUCCAUCUUUUUCAUCACUCUCUAGUAUGAUAUCAGGUGGAAAUAGUAAUGCAGCAUCUUUGUCUCAAUCUGGAUCUCCAAUGUCACCUUCUCCCUCAUCAUUUGCUGCUAGUGUCAGAUCUGCGCCCAGUAUGAGCGUAGAUAGUCGGGCUAGUGAUAGCGUGUUCCACACACCUGAGGGAAGUCCUAGUUGUUCCAUGUCAAGCCCCAAACAUUCCACACUCUCCCCUAGUACAAACACCCCCUCCCUUUCUGACAUACAUCCCCAUCAAACUAUUCUACCCAAGACAGAUGGUGUCUCAACCAAGAAGAAUGGUGCAAUACCUAAGACCGACUCCACCCUGCUGGUUAAGCUUCUAUCGAGGCCCUCAGUGGACAGUGUCAGCUCAAACAUCUCAGAUGAAUCUAUACUAAAAGGACUUGAAAAAACAGAAAUAACAGAUAAAAGUAUGACAGUAGUUGGUGAUGAAGGCAUGCCUCCCCAGCCCAAAAGAGGCAAACGACCCAACUACCCCACCCCUGAGACUGUCACCCCUGGCAAUAGUAUCCCAGGCAACAGUCUCCUUGUCCAGUCACUUCUUGCCAACAACAAACAAACACAGGACUCAGCUGUUGGAAGUUCUACCAGUACAACAGUGACAACUCACAAACCUCCGCAACACCCCACAGAGCCAAUCAUACAGACUAGCCACGACAGUCCUCGUGGAAAUAACACACCAAAAAUAGAUUUAGAGAAACGUAGCGCAUAUAUCAAAUUCAAGAUGGCACAACAACUGAGUUCUCAACACCGCACGCUGAAACAGAGUCUUGAGCAGCAAACUGAGGAGCUGCAGAUGUUGGAACAGCAGAUGAAUAGUGGAGUUAAAGAACCUGAAGUUAUGUUACAGUUCGAGAAACUACAACAACUAGAGGCUCAACGCAAUGAAAAUGAACAGGCAUUACAACAGCUCAAAGUGGAGUAUGUUCACCAAAUGAAACAGCUGAAAGUAAAGCAAGGAUUGCUCCCUCAGAACACAGAUAGUGGAGUAAAUCAACUGAGUUCCCUCCCUACGCAGCAUAAUGAACCUCACACAAGUUCUACUAAUUGUACAAACAUAAAGCCUCGCCGUGUGCUGACCCCUCAAAGACAUUUUAUUCCUCAACAUAAUACCCAAACUGUAGAAAAUAAUUCUUAUUCCCCUAGAUCAGCCUCCAUGAAGACUAUAGUUACAAACACUGACAGUAUGACCUUGACAACCAAGGUUGCUCUCACACCAGCAGACACUGAAAUGGGGGAAAGUACACACAAUGAUAACUCCAUUGUCAACAAUACACCCAAAGUCAUCAAACUUUAUAAUGGAGAUCUAUCAUCUCAAAAUAGCAACAUUUCUGCCAGAAUUCAUAGUGAUCAUGUACAAUCUGGAAAUCACAUUGGAAAUGCUCCACCAGGAAAUCAUAUCGUUAAUAAUUCUCCAAAUCAUGGUGGUGAUAUUUCAUCAAUGGAUCACCAUGGAAACAUUCCAUUUACUGCAAAACACAACACACCAGUUAACACUAACACUAGACUUGAAGGCCUUACAAAUGGCCAGCAUACCUUUCCCAAUAUUACCAAGGAAACAUUUUUACGGAAACUGUUAGAACAGAAUAAUAAAAAUGACACUGUAAAUACAAAUGUGUCACAGGUGGCGCCACAGGUGACCCAGGUUAUCAACAAUAGUCCUGUAAUGUCACAAAACUCAGAAACGUCACCAGUUUUGACGCAAGAGUUUGGAGAUGCUAGUCUAGAAGACCUCCAGGACAUCAUAGACAGUGAAUUGUUGGAUGCACAAAUCGAUCUGAAUGCUGAUCCAAAUAUUAAUUACGACUUCCUAAACUUUGUAUGAUAUCAUGCCAAUAAAAUGGUUCAUUUGCACUCAUUGUAGAGCAUUCGAAAUGUACAGACAGAAAUAUAUAUUGGUAUUUAUUUUGUCACUUUUAAAGUAGAUGUACCACAGUUGAUGAAUAUGAAUAUCACUAUAAUGGGAAAUAUUUGGCUCACCUGACAGGUCAUGUUUGGAGUGAAUUUAGUACAUAACUUUAUACCUAUACCUUUGUCAUGCAUUUUUUUAUUACUAGGCUAUCUGUACAAUUCCAAUCAAAUGAAUAAAAUUAUGGUAAAAAUUGAAUUUUCCACAAAUGAUUUUAGAUAAUUAAAAUAAUGUUGAUGCACUUUGAAAUGUUUAUCAAUAUAUUUAUUUAUUGUGGAGUGGAGUUUAGUUCUUAGCAGAGAAUAUUUGCCAGUAAAACAUGCCAAUGUCAUAAGAUUGAUUUAUGCAAUAUGUGGAUUCCUUGAUUUGCUCAUGUUAUAUCUACGUAAAAAUUGAUAUUUUACAAUUUCAAUGGCGUUGAGGAUUCAUAUUGAUCAAGCUUGCCAACUUUCUGCUUUUUAUGAGAAUCUAUCUAAAGGUUUUUGUAAAAAAUUCCAAACUACCAAACCAUUUUUCUGUAAAAUAUGAACUGAAAUUAUAUUAAAUAUGUUCUUUUAGCGGUAGCUUUUACAGUACAUAGGAUUUAGUGGUUCAAUUUUCAUAGUGGUUCAGUUUUUAUGUCCAUUAAAAAAACAUUAAAAAAACAAGAACAAGAUAUUGCACUUUUUUUUAUAAAAUAGGGUGGGGUCUAUGAAGAAUCUAACCG